AUGGCGGAGAUGGUGGAGGCCAACGGGCUGCGCGAUUGGGAAUCUCUGGAGAAGUUGUUGGGUUGUUACCUGACAAUGAACGAGAAGAGCAACCACGACUACAUCGUCGCCACUUUCGUCGAUUUGCUCGUCGGCCUCUCUUUCGUCGCCACCGCUAAGGAUGCGGCGCCGGAGGAGGGUUGUUGUUGCUCGAGCCGCCACCACCGCGGCCGGCAACAUUACUCGCCGUCGUCGCUGCUCUUGUUCUACACUUCUUUCUCUUCGUCUUGUAGUUCGUCGGAGGAUUCUUCGUCAACCCCGACGAACCAAGCCGAGAGAAUAGCAAGCAAGCAAGCGGAGGAUUAG